AUGGCGCGUCACUCAGCAUCUGACGAAAGCAUUAGACAUGCGGUCCCUAGCAGAGAAGAUCUUGCCCAGGCUGAGCCUGAAGUAGCUCGGAAACUCUUUCGAUCAGGAAAAUUCUUCAAGGAGAGUACCUCGGGAAUGUGCCAAGGUCGAGUACAGACCAAUUUGCUAGCACUGGACAAGUUACUGGCUGAGGACUUUGCCAAGUUCUGUGCUGCCAACUCGGGUCCCCUGCCUGUCCUAUUUCAGUCCGAGGUCGGCCAGUUCACUGCUCCAGGUCUAACUCAAACUGAUUCCGAUGUCAGAACAGAUCUGCCAGCCUACAACAUCAUUGAAAAUGGGGAGGUUACCCACACCGUCAAGAACAUCAUGGGUUUCAAGGAGUUCCUUCGGGACUACGUCUUCUUCUAUCAAGGUUGCAGCUUCACAUUUGACCAAUCUUUUCUGGCUGCAGGCGUGCCCCUGAGAAAUCUGGAACACAAUACCCGUAUCAGUGUAUUCACGACCAGUGUAAAGUGCCAUCCAGUCGGGCCAUUCAAAUGCCAGAUGGACGUGUCUAUGAGACCAAUCCCACGUGAUCUGGUGGAGACGGCCUUCAAAGUGACCCUCCCUUUGACCAAUUACCACGGGGCUCCUGUGCAUAUCGGUGAUCCGGCACUGAUUGGGGUACCAGACGUAAACAAGCCUGACUACCUGGAUCCUACGAUUUUUGAGGAAGGAGACAUCCCUGUCUUUUGGGCCUGUGGCGUUACUGUAGUGGAAGCUGUCAAGGCUGCCAAGCCUUCUCUAGCAUUCAGCCAUUUCCCAGGGAACAUGUACAUUGCAGACGCACCUUUUCAGAGCCAAGACGACUCCCCAGCUGACGUUAAAGUAGUCACUCUCUGCGAAAUGCCUUACUGGGCCAGUGUGACAUCCGAGGCUGUCGUGAAACAAAUCAAGCAGCUGGAGGGCUUCAUUGCUGAGGACUUAGGUAAGAGGCAAAUUGGCACUGUUGUCCCCGACGAUCUCCUGAAGUCCGUCCUGGCCCUGUCCCAUGCUUCAUCGGUUGCCUUGACCACCGGCUUCCCUUGCUUUGUGAAUAACAAGAACCCCUAUGAGGAUGACGGGCCGCCUGGUGCCGUUGCCAUAGCGAUGAUGCUGCAAGCACUCGGCAAGAAGGUUGACCUGCUGGUGGAUAAGACGCUGUACGAACCCCUGACCAGGGUACUGGAAGCCUUAGUGGAACAAAGUAAGUGCACAUGGUAG